CGUCCUCUAUAUCUGGUGCUGAUGUGUCUGUUAUCAGUGUGUGGCCGCCCCUCUCGCUGUUGCUGUCUACAACCUCAACAUCACAAACUUAACUACCACCUCGCCUCCUUCAUCCAUAGACACAAUUUCAAUAAAUAUGAACGAGUUUUGUGUUAGAUCUUAAAUAUAUCAACUUAGAUCCAAAAUAUAUCAACUUAAAUCUAAUUAAUUUUUUUUGAAAAGACCGACCACGUAAAACAUUUCCAACUCACAGUAAUCUUGUAAAGACGACCUGAUCAUUGACGAGGUGUGACAAGUUUGUCAUGUGGCGAGUGGUCGUUGUAGUUAUGGUGGGGGUCACAGUCACCAUGACAGUACCGUCUGUGACAGGCGGUGGCGGUCGCCCCAACAUUAAUAGCAGCCGCCCCUACAUUGGUAGCCGCCGCACCAACGUUGGUGGUGGUCGCACCAACAUUGGUGGUGGUCGCUCCAACGUUGGUGGAGGCCGUCCUAACAUUGGUGGCAGCCGUCCUAACAUUGGUGGCAGCCGUCCUAACAUUGGUAGCGGCCGUCCCAACAUUGGUAGUGGGCGCCCCAACAUUGGUGUUGGCCGCUCCAACAGUGGUAGUGGUGGCCCUUCCAACAGUGGUGAUGGUCCGUCCAGCAGUGGUGGCAGACAACCAAGAGGCAACCUUUGUGUUCAAGAUCCUCGCGACUGUGAUGGUAUUGGUGUGAACCACCUGCCCAUUGGGAAGACCCUGAGUUACACCCUCCAGGGAUGGUGGAACCUUCAGCUUGAUUCAAGCGGCCUCAGUCCCCUCAAGUCCAGCAGGAAGGUCACACUUGAAGGCCUCGCCUCUAUCACUCGAGAGUCUCAGUGUCGGGUCAGAGUGGCAGUCCGGAACCUUUCAUUCAGCGACUGGCAGGAACAGGAUGAAGCUGAGGUGGUGGAAACAUGGCUGGUGGUGAGUGGUGGGUCAGUUCGUGCAGUGUGUGGUGAUCAAGAGUCAGGUCAACAGUACCGUGGUGCCCAGCGCACACCUCACCUACAAUCACUGGCACGCAGUGUCAUCUCCGCCUCUCUCAACAUGGCACCCAACCUAGACCACCACUUGACACUCACGGAGGUUGAUCACUUUGGCCAGUGUGAGACACACUACCACCUUCACCAAACAUGGCCUGGUGGACACGAAAUUGUACGGGCUAGAGACCUCACUCGGUGCCGUGGCAGCAAUGGCAGUGGACACUUCCCGGGCACCAGUCACAUUUCAACACUUACUAAUGAUGCGAUUUGGAAGUGUCAUCACCACUACCAGACAAAAGGUAGCAAACUUAUUUUGGACAAGGUGAUGUGCAGCCAGAGCCUCACUCUCCCUGAUGUUGCCAUCUUUGUUUCAACCCUGAAUCUUAGCCUUAUGGAAGUACACCCCCAAGAGAUGCACUUUACUGAAGAUAAAGUGAAUGUGCAUGAGCUUGACUUGGAUAAAGCUGUGUUUCCCUCCCUGUCCAUAAUGGAGCACACCAUAAGAGUACACAGACUCCUUGAUGAGCUGUGUGCAGAGAUGAACCAGCGAAUGACAUCUAAGGCGGCCAUUACAUAUCCUCGCUUAGUAUCUGAAUUGAAAUACUUCCCAAAAGAGAUGAUAGUUCAACUAUAUACAGAGGUCAACACUGGGAAGUUCUGUCCGAAUCACCAACGGGUCAGGAAUGUAUAUUUAGCUGCAUUGCGAGACUCUACUUCUGCUAAUGUUGCUGCUGCAAAGUGUUACUUAAUGACAUCAGGAACCGUGGCAUUUUUACCCAGCUGGGCGGCAUCACUUGCGAAUGUUCAUCAACCGACUUCAGAGUCUCUUCUUACAUGUGCUGGUCUCUUGGAGGGAGAGCACUGGGGUGCAUCUGUGUUGGGUGUGACAUCCAUGGCAGGUCAUGCAGCAAGGAUAUCUUGUGAGAGUGUUCCACACCACAACUGCAAUACUCUUGAUCCUCGGUGUCCUCAAGUUGGUGAGAGAGAGUGUGCACAGGAGCAAGCAGUUCAGGUCAUUACCAGCAGACUGAGGGAAAAGCUGAAGCUCUGCUCAUCUGCCAUUGACAAGACUGAGGUUCUGCUAGCCAUUCAGGGUCUGGGAAAUGUUGGUGCAUAUGGCUAUGAGGCUGAGGAUGCUUUACAUGAGUGUGGGGCAGCCACAAGUGUUGAUGCAAGUGUUCGUGUUGCUGCCCUAUCAGUCCUUGGGAAAGGACCAUGCUCCAUACAGAUUGACUUACGAGCUCGGUCACGGAAUGAAUUGAGCUCUAUGUUGGUACAGGUAAAGCAUGAAGUGGUGACCACACUGAGUGGAUGGGUAUUUGCUGGGUUAGGUGGACAAACACGUGUCUUCUCUUCAUUCACCCUGGACCCACUUGCUCACGAGUGGGACAAACUGAUAAGCCACUGGUUGGAAGAGCUUCUUGUGACAUCGUAUUCAUCACUCCUCCAAUCAGAUGUGGAUGUGACAAAUGGUUGGGCAGAAAUUGAUGAAUGUGGUUGGUCGUGGAGCCUAUUGGGGACGCCUUUAAGACUGUCACAGCAACAAGGUGGACUGUUAAGUUUAGGAGCCUCCUCACAUGUUGAUCUCCUCAGUAUCCUUACCAACCUUAGAGCAUCUACCCUCAAUAUAGCUCUUAAACCCAGUGUGGGUGUGUAUUCACUGUCACAACUGGGUGUAUCAUCUCUGACUGGUGAAGUUAUAGCCUCCUCUUCAACACAGGCAUCUGCUGGUUUUGAUGUAUCUGCAGUCUUGAUGAUUCAGGGUGGUGACAAUAUGGAGUUAAAGGUGGAUAUACCAAGUGAUUCUUUCCAUGGCUUCACAGCUCAUGUCACACACAGUCUUAAGUACCCACCUACAACACAGGAUAGUGAUAAGGAUGUUGGUGAUGAUAGUGAUGACAUUCUCUAUAACAAUAAUGCAGAGAGUCACAUAAAGUGCUCUGAUGAAGGUGAUGUGUCUUCUGCCACAGUACAAGGCUCCACCAGUGUAGGAGAGAUUGAUAAUGCAACCCAACAUACCAGUAUGAAGUGUGUUUACAACACUGCCCUUGAAACUGCUUUGGGUAUCAGAUACCAGACAAACACAGCAUGGUCAAGAGGCCAGCAGGUGGCAGUUGUUAGAUCACAAAGUUUUCUCCGCAAGAGUGACACUGACAUUGCAGCAUAUAAAAUGGUUUUCUCAUGGAAAAAUCCUGGAGUUAAUUCUGUGUUCCUUGACGUCCACAUCGAGACUGAGGGUUUGAGUUCGGAGAAGAAGGCUGGUCUGGUGUUUGGCUUCACCUACUCUCCACACUUCACACUCAAGCUGCAGUUUCUCAGCCAACAGUUUUCUGCCUUUGCAGAAACCUCACUGGUGAAUGACCCAAACCUGAAGCGCAUAGAGGGUCACAUAGGUUUUGGGAGGCAUGUGUACGGUCUGAAGGCUGAGCUUCUUAUGGUUCAAGAUGGUGGACACGUGAGUGUAAAACCUCGACUGGUAAUAGCUUAUCCAGGUCAACAGGAGGAUGCUUUAUUGGAGGGCUAUGUAGCACGAUAUUUGUCAGAUAAAGUCACCAGUGUGACACUGGAUCUCUACACGGAGGGUACGCUGAGCAAGUAUUUUGAUGUCACUCUCAAAGGUACUAUUGAGAUCAAGCAUGCACCAGAUACAGACAAGAUUAUCACUCUGAAGAAUGUGCAUUUUUCAACUGAUCACUUUUCACUUGGAUUAGAAGCUGUGUGUUCUUUGAAAGACAAUGCAGUUGAAGGUAAAAUACAGUUGACGUGGAGAGGGGAAUGUGUUAGAAUGGAGGGUAGCAUCACCAACCCUGGAUCAGGAAAAGAGGAUCAGCAUUACAGGGUAUACUUGGGCUGUUCCCUGCCAUCCACACUAGACACAAGAAUCCUCUCCACACACAAGGUAUCCCUCGAGGUUACAAAUAAUCUAACUCUAACAAUAGGACCUGAGGCAGCUCGUAGAGAAUUUCAAGUGACUCAUUCAGCAUCAUGGAGUAUAGCCAAAACUAAAGCUCUACUUACUGAUGUUAGUGAAGAGCACUUUCCUCACUAUUCUCCCUACAGUGGAGUUACUGCCAGAGUGGUUAAUAAGCUCUACAUAAUAUCUUCUAAUGCAGACUUUGAGUGGAACAUUGAUCAUAAGUUACAGCUCACAGACAGAUCCCUGGAAAACCUUAUUCUUGCAAAGAUUGGCGAGGAAUCCCACAAAAUCAUGGGUAACUUUUAUGAUCAAUCAGAGCAGCUCUUUAAAUACCAUACAGAACUUGAGAUCUCCCUUCCAGCAUGGCAUUUUAGUUAUGUGGACACACUACAACAGAAUGAAGGUGGUGACAUGAGUCAGAGUACCACCAUUAUGCCAUCUGGAAGAAUUUACACUUCAUUUUCAAGAUAUUUUAAGAGCACCAUGAAUAAUACAGUUAUCUUCGAAUUUUCUUAUGACAUUCUUGUUCGUGAUGGACUUCAGACUUGGAAAAUAUUGGCUCAAGAAGUCUUUGUGUGGUCCCCAACACAGAUAAGCCUUCAGGCCACUGUUAGUGAAGGAGAGCUUGCAGUGUUUGGUCUUGAAACAUCUCUGGAAGGACUCAACACACAAGAGACUGGCUUCUUCUUCAAAAACUGGAUCAGAGAGUUGUAUGAAUGUGAAGCCUCACUCAGUAAUAAAGGACACAAAACUGAUUUCAGCCUCACAUUGUUUAUCAUACCCCUCAAUAGGGAAAUUAAAAGUAAAUUUGCCCUUGACCAUGAUAGUUGUACUGGUGGAUCUGUUGAUGGGGAACUAGCAUGGGAUGCACGGGAAGAUGCCUCCAGGACUCUAACCUUCUCAUCUCUUCUCCAUUUGCCAAGAGAUGGAAGGGCUCUUGAAAUACGGUUAUUAUUAUCUGUAUUGACAUGGACAUGGGAGUCUGAGCUGAAAGUUGUACUUGGAAGGAAGGUAGGAGAUGUCCAUUGGAUCUCCUAUAUCUUGCUGCUCCCUGACAACUCUAAAUUUGAGAUUGGAUCACAGCUUGGCUUUUCAGUUGAGGAAAAUAAUUUUGAUCUUCUAACGGGCUUUGAGAUUCACUUGCCUUCUGGAGAAACACACAAUGUAUCUGUGGUAGCAGGUGGGUAUCUCAUAGGAAACAAUCUGGCCAAUGCCAAUCUCACCUUAACUGUUGAAUCACCUAUUACUGAAGACAUACACUUCCAUCUCCACUUCAAAAAUGAAAGAAGUGAUGGCCACAGUGAUGUUGGAAUGAUGCUUAAGGCCUAUUCUGAAGCCAACUAUUGGGAUGCUCUUGAUGUGAAGACAACAGGAUCCUGGGAUGGUACAACCAUGAAUGUUGAAGUAGAAGGAAGCUUGGCCAAUAUUACCCUUAACCUUGAUGGUACAGGAUCCUACUGGUUGGUGCAAGAUGAACAUCGGUUGACAGGCUCUGUUGAGCUGAGGAUUCCUUCAUCAAUGUCUUGGAAGCAUCUGAAGUCAUCAAUAAAUGGCACAUUUAGUGUAUCUCACAGCCCUGGUAGACUUAAGGUUUCUCAUGUGAUGAUUGUAGAAAAAGAUAAGCAAGUUAUCUUUAGCUGCAAUGGAAAAGUUUUGGUUGAUGCUCAAAAAGUGGAGGGUCGUCUAAGAUUGGAUCAUGCAGGCCCCGUUGGUAGCAGCCAGGUUUAUACCUUAGAUGGAAUUUUUACUGGGAAAGAACUAAAGCUUCACGUGAAAGGAACAGUUGAUUCUAUACCUCUGAAGAUCUUGCUCCACUAUAUAGAUGGCCGACAAGUGACUGUUGAUGCUAUAUACUGGGAGGAUGGACACUUCAGUUUGUCCAUCACAACUCAACUUAAAAAUAUCAGCAUUGGUAUAAGGAAGCUGACAACCAACCGUACUAAAAUGGCUCUCAACCACUGGGACACGGAUGUUGUCCUCAACUGGGGGGAGAGAAUCUUUACCUACCACGAUGAGAUAAGCAUCCCCAGUUUCACUGACUGGUUUGUAAAGGUUGAGAUCAAUGCACCUUACUUGUACAUGCAGGAUGUAAAAACUGAGGUGGAGACUGUUGAUGAAGGAAAUGGACAACAGGCAGUGCAACUCAUGUUCCAGGAGGACAGUAUAAUACUUCAUAAGGCCAGGCUGGCAUUCUACAAAUAUGACACAGUAGAAGAGAAAGUGUGGCGGGCAAGUGCAAGCAAUGUUAUUGUCAGUGCUCAACCAUACAAUGAUCUCAUUAUUUCUCAUGCUAUAAUACUUCCCACUAACGGCAUGGAGAUCAAGAGUAAUAUGACUGUUGGAGACACUCCAGUCAUUGGUGUGGGUGUCAAGGUGACGCCUCAAACACGAGCACUCAUCUUUUCUGUCUGCACCACCAUCGAUGAAUGUGUUUGUCUUGAUGCCCAUACUCAUGCUCAGACUACUCCAUCUACCAGGACCUACUCCUUGGCUGCUCAUGCCCUCAACUCUCUGUUUUGGCAUGGCUCUGAAGACCUAAUGGUGCAGAACUCCAUUACUUUCAUGGCUGAGGAAACAUCAGAAAUGGUGGUGGUAUCUGGUGGUAUUCGCCGAGUGGAGUGCGAGCAAGUGACAUGCAAGAACUUUGUGACUCAGGGGCUUCUACACGCAACCAUCCAUGUCACUGAGGAUGCAUUUGACUUCCUGGUGGAUACAAGUAAUCGCACUAUAAAGCUUAGGACAGUUGUUCGUGGGAGCCAGAAAGAGGAGACCUCUACAGCAACUCUUCCAGGGGGACGCCUCGUUGAUGCAUCCACUGUGGAAACUCACUUGUGGAUGGAUCAAGCUAGUGACCCAAAUGGGGUAAUAAACUGGAAUUCUACCAUAGCACAUUAUGCUUCGUCCAGGGCAUCAGAGUGGGCCGUUCAAUCCACUCUUCAUCAUCGUUCAUUUAACAAGAUACUAAGGGUAAGCGGUAACGUCGUUGUUAUUCCAACCUCAGCCUCUGCAGUCCUCUUGCUGGAUGUUUUCACCAAUACUAAUGAUGUUCUCAGAGUUGACAUGGAGCUGCUUCAGGAGCAUGGCAAUUAUGAACUGAUUGCCAACCUGUCAGUGAGUAUGUUUGUUUGCAGCUAG